AGGGAUGGAUAAAAAAUUCUUAAAAAUUAAAAACAAAUCUUUUCCCCAAGUUUUACGAGGAUCGAAAAUCAUUUACAUUAAGAAAAACAAAGAUAUUUUAUUUAUUUAUUUGUUUAUUCAUCUUGAAAGUAUUAAACGAAAUCCUCUUUGAAAAGCCUCUCUUUUCCAUUGUCAAAUUAACCGUUUUUAUUUUUUUAACUUGGCAAUACUUUUCAAUAAAACAAAUUUAAAAAGAAUCUUCCUGUCGACAAUUAAAAACACAUCCAUUAAACUAUUACCUCUCCACUGCAUUCUCAUCAUGAAUUCUAAUGAAAACUCCAAAAAGAAGACCCAAAACGUUAAAAAACCACCUGUGCAAAGUGAUAAAAAUGAUUCUGGCCAUGGAGGCAGUGAUACAACCUAUACCGCUUCCACCCCCACACCAGUGGAGACAAUGACUUCAAGAGAUUUUCAUUUAGAUUAUAAUGCCCAUGUCGAAAUGAUGAAUCAAAUGCUUAAGGACACCGUACGUAUUGACAAUUUCAAGGCGGCCAUACUGCACAAUAAACAUUUGUUUAAAGGAAAAUGUGUUUUGAACAUUGGCUGUGGCACCGGCAUUUUCGCCCUGUUUGCCGCCAAGGCUGGUGCUGCGAAAGUUUUUGCUGUAGAUCCUUCAAAUGUUGUCUAUUACACUCGUCAAAUUGUACAGGCCAAUGGGUUCGAGGGUGUGAUUGAAGUCAUUAAGGGUAAAAUAGAAGAAAUAGAUUUGCCGGUAAAGGAGGUGGAUAUUAUAGUUUGUGAUUGGAUGGGAUAUGCUUUGCUGUAUCAAGCGAUUUGUGAUUCUGUUAUUUAUGCUCGUGAUAAGUGGUUGAGAAAGCCAGGUGGUUUAAUAUUUCCCGAUCAAGGUAAAUUGUAUAUGGUGGCUUUGGAGGAUACUAAACAUAAAAAUGGUAACAUCAAUUGGUGGUCAAAUGUGUAUGGUUUCAAUAUGAGAUGUUUGCGUGAGGUGGCUUUAAUUGAACCACGCUAUCAAAGUAUUCGACCAGAUCAGGUUAUGAGUAAACAAUUUCCCAUUAAAUCAUUAAAUCUCAAUACAGCUACUCAAGAUGAUCUCAAAUUUCGCAGUAAAUUUAUGUUGCCCAUACAAAAGACAGGACAUAUGGACGGUAUAGCUCUUUAUUUUCAUGUAUAUUUUACAAAAUCUCAUACCCCUUUGGGAUUUAGUACGGAUCCCUGGUCACCACGUACCAAUUGGUUACAAACCAUAUUAUUUUUCGAUCAAUCAUUAGCCAUCAAUUCUGGUUCUUUAUAUUACGGUGGUAUAGAAUUCAUACCAAAAGAUGGUACUAAUCUUAAUGAUAUAACUGUAAAUUUGGAAAUGUUAAUGGGUGAUCCCACACAAGCCGAUAUCGAAGUUGAAAUGUCUUGGCAUUUUAAAUUAGCUGCUGCAGCAGCCGUAGCGAACAGUGAAAGUAAAGCUAAAACCUUAGACAAUAAUAAAGAUAAGUGUAAUAGUUUAAAGCCAAUUAAGAAACCAAAUAUUGAAGAAAAUUCAAAUAAUAAUCACAAAAAUGUAUCUAAAUUAUCUAAUGAUAUAACAAAAGUGCCUAAAACUCCUAAUAAUAGUAAUCAAAAUAAUUUAACAAAUCAAAAUUCGAUUAUAUGCUCGGGUCGUGUAGUGACCACGGAUAACCUAAACAACACCAUAACAAUUGGCAAAUUGAAUUAUCCUUGUCGCAAGAAUAAACGCAAUAAAAGUAAGUACCCAAAAAAGGGUUAAUUGUUUCCUUUUCUACAGUUUUUUUUUUUGUUAAGUUUACGCAGUUAAUAAUUAAUUAUUAACUUGAAUGUUCAUUAACUUGCUAUGUUUUGUUAUUUGUUUAAGAUUUUUUUAUUAAUGUUUUGUUUAAUUAGCAAAACUUUAUUGUUAUUUAUUUUUUAAUUUAUUAUUAUUUUUUGUAAUGAAGUACAUAAUUUAAAGGAUUUUAUUUAAACUUUUAUCAAUUAAAAAUAGCAAGUUAAUGAAUAUGUAAAAACUGUUUUCCUUUUCAAUAUUUUUUAGAUGAUUUCUUUUAAUUUUAUUAGUUUUGUUUUGCAUUUCCAAACAUGAAAUUUGUUUAACCAUUUUAAAUUUCUUUCUAAAAUGACCUAAUUUUUUGUAAAUCUUUUGUAUUUUAAACUAGAAUUUUUAAAAUUCCUAAUAUUAGUUGCGAUGAGUUUUCGCUUUGCAAAGCAACAACUUUCUUUAAAAAAAAUGAAUAGAUUGUAAAGUUUCGAUUUACAGAUCAGGUCUAAAUAGACGUUUUAUUUAAUUAUUAUACAAACAACUGCAACAAAUAUUAUUGCAAAAAUAAAAAAACUAUAAAAUGAAUAUAAUAAAUGAAGGAAAUAUAUAAAAUUUUUACAAAAAAUCCCUUAAAAGUUACAAAAAAUGAAUUCAUUAAACCAAGCAAAUUAUACAUAAAUUUAUACAAAAAAUUAAACAUUGAAUUUUUAAAAAUAAUGAAUUUGUAAAAACUAAAUACAAAACUGUUAUAAUACUUUUGGAAAGUAUUUAGCAAAUAAAUUGUAGAAAAACAACUUUUUUGUACAUACAAUAUCGUGAAAUGGUGGUUCUAUGAAAAAUUUAUAAAUAAAAUGUGAAAUUUGAAUUAUCUAUACAAAACAGCCACAUAAUUAAAAUCGAAAUAUCGUUUUAAUACAAAAUCUUUUAAAGCUGUGAAUGAAGUUUUAUCAAUAUAUUGUAGUGUGAUAUAAUUGUAUUUUAUUUUUUUUAAAUAAAAAUUCAAUAUUUCAAA